GGAACCAUCUUAAGAUUUUGAGAAGAAAAUUAUUUCUUUAUAUAUUUAUUAUGAAAUUUAAAAAUGAAUUAAUUCACUUUACAAAUAUAAUAAUUAAUUCUUUUUGUAAGCAUACAAUUGAUAUAAAGGGUUAAAAAUAUUUUUUUAUACAUAGUAAUAAAUUAAAAUAUUUUUGUGAAAAAAACACUCAACCAAUAUAUAACACGUGUUAACCCCAAUUGGCCAAUUCCUCUAAAACCCUUUUAAUUCUCACUUGACCAUUUACUCCAGCUGCCCUCGUUUCCUAGCCCACCCUAAAACCCUAACGAAACCCCCGAAGCUUCCCUCCAAGAAGAUGUCAUCUUCUAUUCCUCUCCGUCUCCGCCACCUACGCCACCUUUCGACCGCUGCCACCGCAACUACUUCUUCUUCUUCAUCCUCCAUUUCGAUUUCCAAAGCCAAAAGCAAACUCCGCACUGAAUACGACCCUGACAAAGCCCUGGAAAUCUACUCUUCGGUCUCCAAACACUACUCUUCCCCUUCAUCUUCCCGCUACGCUCAAGACCUCACUGUCCGCCGCCUCGCCAAGUCCCGCCGUUUCUCCGACAUCGAAUCCUUAGUCGAGUCCCAUAAAACCGACCCCAAGAUUUCUGAGGAACCCUUCCUCUCUACUCUCAUCAGAUCCUAUGGUAUCGCUGGCAUGCUAGAUCAUGCCAUUAAAACUUUCCAUCAGAUGGACCAAUUUGGUACCCCGAGAUCAAGCAUUUCUUUCAACUCCUUACUCUCUGCUUGCAAUCAGUCAAGGCAAUUCGAUAAAGUCCCCCAAUUGUUCGAUGAAAUUCCCAAGAAAUAUAGUGGUGUCUCACCGGACAAAGUUUCCUAUGGGAUUCUAAUCAAAUCUUAUUGCGAGGCCGGUCAUGCCGAGAAAGGGAUUGAGGUUUUAAGAGAAAUGGAAAGGAAAAGCGUGGAGGUAAAUGCAGUUACUCUUACAACUAUUUUAAAUGCUUUGUAUAAGAAGGGAAAAGAAGAAGAGGCCGAGAAGCUGUGGAGUGAGAUGAUGAAGAAUGGUUGUGAAUUAGAUGUUGCUUCUUACAAUGUUAGGAUUAUGAAUUUUCAAGGCGGCGAGCCGGAGAAAGUGAGGGAAUUGAUUGACGAGAUGAGUACCAUGGGACUGAAACCUGAUACCAUUAGUUAUAAUUAUCUGAUGACUUGUUAUUGUAAGAAUGGGAUGUUGGAUGAAGCUAAGAAGGUUUACGAAGGAUUGGAAGGUAAUGGGUGUAAUCCCAAUGCAGCAACUUUUAGGACUUUGGUGUUCUAUUUAUGUUUGAAUGGCUUGUAUGAGCAAGGUUAUAAGGUGUUUAAAGAAAGUGUGAGAUUGCAUAAGAUCCCAGAUUUUAAUACGUUGAAGCAUUUGGUGGAGGGGUUGGUGAAGAACAAGAAGAUCAAGGAGGCAAAGGGGUUGAUCAGGACGGUAAAGAAGAAGUUUCCUCCUAACUUUUUGAAUGCAUGGAAGAAGCUUGAGGUGGAACUUGGUUUGGUUUCUAGUAAUCCUGGUAGUGGUGAAGCUUAAGAGGCUAAAGAGUCCACAGGUUAGAAAGUGAGAUUUAACUGUCUUUUGCUGGUGGUUGAGUUAGCUGCUUUCACUUCAUCUGCAGCUGAGACUGUUUUUUGGCUUGUGAUGAAUUAUGCAAUUAGCUAUGUUAGUUUCAUGUGAAGCUGCCACUGAAGCUUGAAUGAUGAUAUUUUUUAGUUUCAUAUAGUUUUUCAAAUAUCUAUCCUGCUUUAAUUGCAAGGAUUGAUGUUACAUUUUGCUAUUUGUUUGUUUUAUUGGUCUACUUGUUUUGGAAGGAAAGAACAUUCUAAUAAUCUACAAUUCUCUUCUUCAGUGAACCCUUGUGUUCAAUUAUUUUAUCCAUAACAUUCAACGUUUUUCUACCCUCAUUUUCAAACUGUUGCUUGCUAUUUUCAAUCUGGUUGUACUAAGCUCUUACUGCUGAAGGACCUCAGCAUCCUCUUCAACACUAACUGAAAAUUUCUGCUCUGAAACCAAUUAAAGGCUGAUUUUACAUGUUCCCUGAAGCACUGAUCAGAAUU